AUGGCUGGGAAGCCCAAGGGCAUUUUGAAGAAUGCCAUGAAGAAGGGCAGCAAGCCUGUUCAGAAGGGGAACCUCAAAGCAAAACCCUUGAAAAAGGGCAAGCUGUGCAAGAGGAACCUGAGCAGGCUUCAGAAGAUGUCCCUCUCAGAGAAGAUUGCUGCCAUCAAUGAGGAUCACAGUGAUGAAGAAGAGGCAGCUGAGGCCUUGAAAAAGGCUAUGACACCAGCUGAGCAGCAAUCUCUCUGGCAAAAGCACCAAGGGUUCUUGAAAAAGAACCCUGAUGAGAAGAAGGUGCAUGAAAAGAGGGGCAAGCUUGAGAAAGGCCAUGCUGCUGCCCUGUGGCUCUUGAAAAAGAGCGACAGGGGCUCCAGGUUUCUCCACUGCAAGGAGGCAGUGGACACUGACCAAACCUGGAGUAAGCAGGAGAAGUGGGCUAGCAAGAAAGAAUUCUUGCAGCUCAUGGAGGACACUGCCUCAUUCAUGAAAGAAAGCAAAGUCAAGAAGGGCAGAAGCACUUCAAAGGGUGUGGAGUAUGACCCUGAUGAGCAGGAGGAAGAAGCCUUUGCCAGCCUGUGGGGUGCUGAUGGCCACGGUGGUGUGCUUGACAAGGACCAAGAGGAGGAUGACCUGCAGGAAGAGGAAGAGGAGGAAGAGGAGCAACCACCAGAGGAGACCUUGGAAAAGGUUAUGAAAAGGGCCAAGAGGGCAAGAGAUGCUUGCUCCAGCCAGCUGGAUGAUUUGGAGGAAGUCUUGGAAAAGGCCAAAUCCAGACUGUCCAAAUCGGCCAGGGAGGACACUGAGAAGAAGCUGCAAGCCUUGAAAAAGGCUCAAUUGCACUUGAAAAAUGUGCUUGCAAAGAAGCCUUCUCUGGAAGUCCUCAAGCCUGCUCUGGAAGAGCCCAGGGCUGUGGAAGCUGCACAGCCAAGCAAUUUUGCAACAAAAUUGCUAUCUCUGUGGGCCCAUGGUAAGGUGUCUGCAGCAGAAGUGCAGAGGCUGUCGCACUUGGCCAAUCUGGAUGGGUGCACACACCCAGAGAUAGCACUUCUGGCCAGUGCAGGCAAUUAUGGUGAGCAGCCAGGCAAUUGCCACAGGGCUUUGCUUCGAUCCUUCUGCCAGAAGGUAUCUGUAGCAGAGCCUUUCCUCCAUGCUUGCAAAAGCUUUGACCCAAAGACCAGCAAAGAUUGCAUAGAAGAGAUUGCUGUUUUCAUGCCGCACUUGCAUUUCAGCACCUUGGCUGUGGCUUACCCUGAAGCAUUUGAAAAAAUCUUCCAGGUAAGCCAAUUGUCUGAUUUUUGGGAGGAGGCACUUGCCAGGCAUGAUGAUAGGCUGGAAAUCCAAGAGGUAUACAAGGAGCAGAAGACUUCUUGUCGCCUCACCAAUCUGGUCCUGAAGAUGUUUACCAACCCACAGAGUCCUUGGAAGGAUUGGGCAUUCCUUAGCACCAAAGGUGCUGAGGGAAAGCAUCUGGCACCAGCCCUACUGAAGGUUUGCAAAAACCUUCUGGAUGGCUCCAGGGAAGAGCACUUCCACAUGAUCACUUGCUUGCAAUGCAUGUGUGAAGUUGUUCAGAUCUGGGAUGAAGCUGGCCUCUUUCUGACCAAGUCAGAAUAUAAGAAGGCAUGGCAAAAAGCACAGCAAUGCAUGUCUGAAUACCAAUGGCUGGAAGCAUGGUCUAAAGACAAUGACAGGAAGAUAACCCUUGCAAAAGGUUCUCCUGGGGAAGCCUUGCAAAAGGGCAUUGCUAUGCCACAGCACCUUGGAAAAGGAAUGUCCUUGAGAAAGGAUGCAUGCUUCAUCCACUGCCAGGUGCAUUGGCUUGCAAAAGCUUGCUUGUAA